AUGAUUUCAGUGUGUUCUUCGCGCGAUACCUCCUCAAGUGGGACUCGACCGACUGUUAGAGGAGUGUGUGUGUGCUUUUGCGUGAGUGUAUCGGAUGCGUCUACCUCCAUCACAUUGACCGACGAGCUGCUGCCAUUCUGCCACCACAACCACCACCACAGCUACCGCAACCGACUUCUGCUUCCACUGCUGUCACCCGCGCUGUUCAGUGCUGGAGUGCCGCCAUCGCAGUGAUGCCAUGCGCUCUAUCACUAUCCUAUUCAUCACUAUUUUUCUGCAUAUUCACGCUUUUAACAAGAAUAGCAUAGAAGAAUGCGCUCGAGUGCUCAGCGAAAAUUUACAGGAUACAUUUAAACGGGUAACAAAAAGCGACCAAAUUAUUCAGCUUUAUGACCAAUUUGUUGAACCGGAACAGUUCGAUCCACGAGAAGAACUCAAACGAAGUAAAAAUGCCAUUGAAGAAUAUCUGAGGAAACGGGCCGAAUUUGCUUAUAAGGCAAAAGUGUCUCUAGAAGUUCGCGAGAUUCGAAACGCCAGUGAUGAAGAUGUAAAUGAUCCAACAUCGAAGGAUUUCAUUCGUUUCAUGUCAGCAAAGCGAGGGAGUGAUGCUACCACGAUUCAUUUCCACGAUCACACCUUGCGAGAAAUGAAAGUCAACGAAACUCGUAAUUAUAAUCUCACCGCCGCUCCCAAUGCAAACUUUUACAAUCUCAACACCUCAUCGAUAGCCUCAGCUGUACAUAUCCCGACACCACUCUAUGAUCGAGAUCCAGACCUACUGAAGAAAAUCGAAUGGUCCGAGAUUGACGAAAUUUAUCGCACACAUCGUGAGGAAACACGAGAUCUUGCGUUUCAGUUAUUCUGCUCGGAAAGUGGCUAUAUGCGAUUUUUUCCUGCUUCAUCAUGGUUUUAUGACAAUUUCGAUGAACGUUUGGAUUUGUUCGAUUGUAGAAAUACACAAUGGUAUAUCAAUGCAGCGACAAACUCAAAAAACGUUGUGAUUAUGCUGGAUGUAUCGGGAUCGAUGUUGGGACAACGCUAUGAGAUCGCAAAGCAGACCACCGAGGCUAUAUUGGAGACACUUAGUCAUCACGAUUACUUCAACAUCCUGCCGUUCUCCAAAACUGCUGAUUUCAUUGACGAUUGCAAAGGUAAAAAUGGUCUUUUGCAAGCUACGAUGCGCAACAAGAAGAGUGUACGCAAGAAGCUGAACAACGUCACAAGUGAAGGAAAAGCCGAAUACGAAAAUGCUCUAACAAAUGCAUUCACAGCGCUAUUGAAUAUCACCGCCGAAAAUGGUCGACCCGAUCAAGGAUGUGAAAAUGUGAUUAUGCUCAUCACCGAUGGUGCUCCGAAAGACUAUAAAAGCGUUUUCGACUUCUACAAUAAGGAUAAGAAGGUCCGCUUCUUCUCCUUCCUCAUUGGUGAAGAGGCCAUCGACUUUGAGCAGGUCAAACAUAUGGCAUGCAAUAAUCGCGGUUAUAUGGUGCAUGUGCAGAACAUGGCUGAUGUCGAGGAGAAAGUGCAGCACUACAUUCGCACCAUGUCUCGACCUAUCGGGCAAAAUGCUGGAGAUGUGCAGGUCGAUGAUGCCAUGUGGAGUGGAGUUUAUCGCGAACGAUUAUAUCUGCCUCGUCCUGAAGUUUUCGCGGAGCCACAUAAUAUCACCAAUCAGUCUUACGCCAUCAUGAACAAAAUGGCCGCCCGCCGAAAAGUUCGCCUUCAAAAGACUGAAGCUCGGAGCCGCAUGUUCGUAACGACCGUCUCUUUCCCAGUCAUUGUCAAUCGUACGUUUAUGGGCGUAGCUGCAGUGAAUAUCCCACUCACUGAGCUUAGACAACAAGCUCAUCCCAGUAAUGUUGGUGGUCGAAGUUACUUUUUUAUGCUCGAUCAAAAUGGAUUCAUAAUGUUUCACCCACAGCUGCGGCCUAUCGAUCCGAGAACCCGUACACAUAAGCAAAACUACAACAACAUGGAUUUGCUUGAACUCGAAGUGCCACAAACACAACAGAUACGACUGUCACAAGACAAAGAGGAUGUCUCGGACAUCUAUUGCGACUCCGGCACCACAUUUGCCGAAUGCGUCGGACAUAUCAGAGAUUAUGUUCGUAAGAUGGUAAUGGAUUGUGACAACAGUGAUCCGCAACAGCUGGAUGUCCUUUUUGCAACGGAAAUGCUUGACCGAGUUUAUCCUCAAACGAACUCUUACUUUUCGGAGUGUAUCAAGGGAGCUAAUUUCGUGUUAGGAUUAGCUGUCGCUAAGGGCGAUGACCAUCGGUGGCGUCCAAAAACUCGCAACUACGAUUUUAGCCAUGUUCAACCAAGCUGGAUGAGUGAUAAACGAUGGAUUGUCCAUCCAUACUGGAGAUACUGUCUGUUGAACGAUACUGACACCAACAUCACGAAAGAAGAAGCGUUUUUCAUCUAUGCGAAUCAAAUGCGACAUAGCGGGAAACUACCGGCUCUUUGUCGACCUCGUGAGCACCUUGUGAGAAAACUGCUCGUAGAUUUGGAAGCUACGAGCGCUCUUCAGGAUAGCUGGGAUCUCCAAUGGCAAUUUCUUAAGGAUAACCUAAUCCAUCUUGUCUUCUUCACUGCUCCAUCCGGUUUGAUACGAUACUACAACCAAACAUUGGAGGACUAUGAUUAUGAGGAUCCUAACUGGAGCAUCUUCGAUCAUAUCAAUGCUUUGAUAAGUAUAGACCACGUGCAAGAGUUGUUUGUAUCCCGACGAAAAUAUCGUAAACGUGCACGAAACACCACCACUGUGGACCAACACGCACGACAGAGUUAUAAUCAUUUUAUCUUGGAUUUAAACCGGAAGUCUGUUGACGAUCCUUACUACCGAAGGAGUGUCCGAAUGAAAGACCACAUCGUGUUUGAUGUAUCUAACAAAUCAAAGAUCUGGUACAAAUCCGAAACGCAACUCACUGGUUAUGGACUAAAUGAAAAUCUCACUAUGUUGGCUCAAGGAACAAAGGCUAUCUACCUCGGAAAUGCCUUAUUAGGUGUGGCUGGGUUUGAGUUUGCGUACGACUAUGUAGUCAAUCUGAUGGGAGAGCAUGGCUGUCAACCUUCGGACGAUCGUCGGUGGUGUGUCCUGCUCGACGAGCACGGUUAUGUCUUUUACAGUAACCAGAAAGACAUCUCAUACGAAGACUACAUAAAGGAUCCCAUCAACAAAGGGAAACAUAUAAGUCAAUGGUUCGGAGGAAUAAAUCGGGUAUCACAACGAGCAAUGGCCCUGUUGGUGGAGAAAAGAUUUUACAUCAAACUCAAAUAUACAGAUCACCAGGCGACGUGUAAGCAACAAAAGAUGGUGGUACAAUCGGCAUACUCUUUGCGGCCAUUGCGGUCUUUCUAUCGUUGGCUGAUGUCUAGCAUCUAUCAACUACUUCUGUUAGCUAAACAAUAUCCAUUGUUGCAUCUCUUCCACUCAUUAAUAGAACCGGUAGAAUCUUAUACUUCGCAUUUCCACGAAGACAGUGAAGGAUAUCCAUGCUCGAAACAAUCAUACUUCUACCUGUCGAAUAGUGAUGGUCGAUCUCGUCCACAGAGCAGUAGCCUUGUUGAUUUGAAUCGCUCCGAUCGGCCGUGCACAUUGAAUUCGGCCAAAUGUUCAGUAAAAAUGCAAGCUGCAUUUGUCGAAGGCACAAAUCUCGUCAUGGUAUGGAUCAUACAAGAUAAAACAUCGGAUAAUUGCUAUGACGAGACACAAUGUCCAAAGGCAGAUCCAUCUGAAGUCCCGUUUGGAUUUGAAAAAGUGCCACCACCAGAUCCGACGGAAAAAUGCACCGGUAUAAAGCAUCGGAGACCGGCACGAUCCCACUCAAUGUGCUAUAACGAAGUGCAUGAGACCGGUAUCUUCCCCUGUUCGUUCUCUACAUCAACCACGAUACCACUGUUAUUAUUAUUCGUUUCUAUUGCAUUACGUGUGUUAUAGAGUGUUACAUUUGCACUUGUCAAUUCAAUUUAUUGAUUUUAUCGAUCGAUGGGAGCAUAUUGUAAAUUCGGCUUGAAACUGUUGUGAUAACAUACGACUCCAAAUCGUUGCUCAUUUCACUGCCCUCUAUUCGU